CCGACGAAUCAGUGUGAUAGUGGCCGGCGACGGCGACGGUUUUUCCUACGUCAGUGUCGUACCAGCGCGUGUGGUCGGCGGUGGCGGUUUUGAUAACGCCAGUGCGAUCAUAACAAUAACAAGAGUAAAAAAAAUACAAAAUAUUGUUUACUACCUGUUAUCGACUAGACGGAGACAAAAAAAAAAUACGAGUAAAGAGGGUGUACUCGAUGACUGCUGCCACCGGUAUUGUUUGAACGUAAUAUUAUGGUUCGAGGCGCGAUGGCCAAUGACAAUCAGAAAUGUGCAAUGCAGCCGAUGUCACUAGACGCCCAACGGGAUCGAGCGGACAGCGGCCGUACGCCGACCACGUUCAGAGCUUCUGGGAUUUCGAUGAUGAUGGAACGGCAGCCUCAGGCCACGUUCGCCGAGGACGGAGACAUGAGCAGCGUCAGCUGCGGCAGCAGUAACGGAGGCGGCGCAACCGAAGAACACGUUGGCGACCAACGUUUUCAGGCACCACCGCCGGCGUACAACGGAAAGCCGAGAUCACGGAAGAGACGACUGUUGGAAGGCAGUAUCGGCGGCGAAGCGCUAUCGCCGGCAGUCUCGACCACGGCGUCCGAGGAAACCGAACAGAGUGAAUACGGCGACAGUGGACAAAAUGAGCCGGCGGUACUGCAGACGGCGGUGCCACUGAAUCUGAUGAUGACGACCGGCGGAAGAGACGCCGCGGUGGACCAGCCGGAAGAACACUUGUCGGAAGACGAGAACAGCGACGUCAUGGACAUGAUGGACGGCGAUCCGCACGGACAGACGCAACCGUCGGCAGCGUCGUGGUCACCGCCGUGGUGGCUUCAACCUCGACCGGACGAAUACGGCGACAAGCCCGCGCAAACGGCAGAACUGCUUUUGGUCGGUGGCCGGUUGCCACCCAGACCAGGUGCCGCACAACCGGCUCGCGUCAUCGUCCCCACACCUAAUGGCGGUGUGGCUGUUGCGCAAGCGGUACUACUGGUACUGGAACCUCCAGUGCCGACCGGCGGUAACCCGAUCACCGACCAACAACGACAGAACAGACACCGGUACAAGAACCAUCAACGGAUGCAAGACAACGGCUCGAUUCCUACACAACAAGCACAACACACCAUGUUGGGCCGGAACAACACCGGCAACGGACACCACAACAACUACCAUUGUCGGGUGACACCGCCUCGUAUUUCGGCGGAGUUGGCGGAUGAAGACGGCUGCAUCGACGGGGUCGGAUUUAAUAAACCGGCCGCAGCCGUUAGUAUGGACGAUCCGGCAGCGUACGUCCGGCAACAACAACGUCAGCAAAUGACCUCGAACGCGGCGGCGUACUACUUCCAACGGCAGCAGCAACAGCAGAGGCUCAACGGCGGAGGGGGUGUAGGUUUGGCACAAGUCUCGACCGACAACGACGGUGGCGCCGAUAACGCAGCUGCUGCCGUGGCCGCAGCGACCGCGUCCACGACCAUGGCGGCUCUGAUGGCCGCUACGGCAGUGCAUAAGCAUCCGACUUGGCCUACCACGGAUUCCGGGUAUUUUGGUGGUGGUAACGGUCAACCGCAGAAUCAUCAGCAACAGUACUCGACUGCCAACGGUUCUCACACGACCAUGAUGCAUCCGGCGGCGGCUGCGGCAGCGGCCAAGAAACGCAAGCGGCGCACGUCGUUUACGCCGCACGCUCUAGAACUGCUCAACGGCCAUUUUGACCGCAACACCCAUCCGUCCGGUGCGGAGAUCACAGCGUUGGCCGCUCGGUUGGGAUACGACCGCGAAGUAGUGCGCAUAUGGUUCUGUAAUAAGCGGCAAGCGCUCAAGAAUGCUGCCGCCACAGCAGUGGGUAUACGUUCGACGGGAAUGACUAUGUUAAACGGAGGAGGUUCGCUUAGCGCAGUGAAAUAUUAUGCAACAACAGCAGCACCUUAAGUCAUAAACCAAUAACAUAGCAACCGUAUUUUAUCAUUUAACACAUAUUUAUUUAUUGUUUAGUUUUUUUUUUUG